AUCUCGAGAUCCCGCUCGUUCCGGCGAGAUGAGCAACAAUGAUCUGUGGAUACGUGACAUACUCGCGAGUUACGGAGUAAUUGCGAUGAUCAUUUUGUGCAUUGUGAUCUGGGUAGUCCAGGAAUUUCCAAAAUUACGAAGAAACACUUACAAAGCUCACCUUUUGGGAUUUGAGAUGGAAUGCGCCGAGCUGAUCAGUCCAUACAAAGAGCAUCUCUUCAAAACGUUACAAUAUAUUGUUUCCAACGACGAGAUACUGCGAUCUAUGGGCUCCAUUCGUGUACUCGAGAUCGGCGUUAAGACGGGUGAGAACAUACGAUUUUAUCCGGAAGGUACUCAUCUCAUCGGCGUUGAUUGGAACAUCAAGUUAGGUGAAUAUCUGGUGAAAGGUAGACGUUCGUGGCAAUUUUCUCACGUGAUCAUUGAGCGACUGAUCGUGGGCGACGGGAGUUCCUUGAAGGGGAUAUCAACAGGUUGUGUGGAUGUGGUGGUGACAACUCGAUCAUUAUGUUCUGUGAAAUCAGUACGAACUACCCUUCAGGAGAUUCGCAGAGUGUUAGCCCCGGGCGGAAAAUACAUUUUCGUAGAACAUGUGCUGGAGAAGGAGGGCACUUUUAUACGAUGGUUGCAAAUAGUCUUGACACGAACGGGUAUAUGGCCUUCUUUAUUUGGUGAUUGUCAUUUAGAUGCUGAUUGCGCUGCGGAAAUAGAAAAUACCGGUUUCGAGAAAGUAUCAUGGACAUCCUUAGCUCUCGAAGGAUAUGUUUCUCAUCCAUUUCAUUUAUUUCUUUCUAAACAACAUAUAUUUGGCAUAGCAACGCGAUAGAGGUAACAUAUGUCGGUAACAUAAAUUCUAUCAAUUUUCUUUUUUGCAUUCAAAUUUUAA